CAACUCCGCAUCACUUAUACCUUUGCGUAAUAACCCGCGGCGCGGAAGAGAAGAGGUAGAAUGUAACUGAACAUGUGACUUGGCCUCUCCCAGUUCACCUUUCAACCUGGAAUUCGUCUCACUUUCCCUUAUUUUAUCACCCGAGUCAACCCUCAUAUUAUUUUCACCAAUUUUACCCUCACGGCCUCCCCAAAGCUGCAACGGUCAAAAUGCUUCAGCUGCUUCCCUUGCCGCUAGCGGCCCUCUUGGAGCCCUUCCACUUUAUGGGCAGCGCUGCGUCCUACCUGCCCUCAACCGUCAUGUCCCUGAUCCUCGCCCGCGACUUCGGCACCCUCCUCUCCUGGCCGCGGCUACAAGCCGCCUGGUUCGGCCGUUUCUGGGCGCGCGUCGGUCCCGAUGUCCGCGCCAAUGCAGAGAAGAACGUCAUCCCUCUGGUCCAGGGCCGCGUCCAGGCCGGCCAUAUCCACCCUCCUCCAUCCGACAACGAAACCGGAACCAGGACAGCCCACCCGCCGGUGAGCGGCACCGUCCUCGAAGUCGGCCCCGGAUCCGGCAUGUGGACCUCCCUCUUCAGCCCGCGCUAUCUCCCGCGCAUCACCAAGGUGUACGGGGUGGAGCCCAACCCGGCCCAGCACGCGGGCCUGAAGCGCCAGAUCGCCGCCGCGGAGCUGGACGACGGGGCCUACGAGAUCGUGCCCGUCGGCAUUGAGGACCUCGCCGCAUCCGGGCGCGUCCCGCGCGAGAGUGUGGAUUGCAUCGUGACUGUCAUGUGCCUGUGCAGCAUCCCGGAACCGGAGCACAAUGUCAAGCAGCUGUACGGCUACCUCAAGCCUGGCGGGCGGUGGUAUGUGUACGAGCAUGUUAAGUGCUUUAAGGAGCAGGGGUGGGGGAUGGGGUUGUAUCAGGCCUUGCUGAACUUGUUCUGGCCUCAAUUCAUCGGCGGGUGUGAGAUGUGCCGCGAGACAGGCAAAUGGAUCAAAGGCGCCGGUGCCUGGAGCGAGGUUGACCUGUGCCAGCUGGAUGGCGAACCUUGGUACUUCACCAUGCCGCAUAUCAUAGGCGUUCUCACAAAGUAGAGCCCCUGGACGAUGCUCACGCUUAUCUAAACUUGAUUUGACCACCAUGUUCAGCGUCGGAACGCAUCAAUUGUCAAAGGCCAGCUAUAGCAUCCUUAUACAAUGCGCAUAGGUGUAGAUGGUUUUGCAAGCGGAUUACGUGUGCUAGUUACCUUAUUUGGGAGUAUCGAUUCCAUGUUGA